AUGCUUUUGUACACAAUUGGGAUAGAGCUUCUGAGCGAGUCCAUUUUUCAUCUAUCGGGCUUGUUCAUCACGCUGUGGCUAGCGUAUGUUUUGAGAGAGGCUUUGAUAAGCUAUGUGUCGCCCAAGUGCAAGCCGUCUGACGUAUCGAACAUUCUCCCGCCUACCUGCCACAUAAAAAAGCCACAAAAGCGGCCAUACGAUGUAUAG